UUUCACCAACAUGUCGGCUCAGGAGUUUCUAUGAAAACUUUGCUGUUAAUAUUAGUAAUCCAGACGUAUAGCCUCUGGCAUGUGCAGUAAUAUGGUGUCUGAACGCAGCUCAGACCUUGUCAGGUCUGUUCUAUGUGGUCAGUUUUGUAAGGUAAUAGUUUUCAUGCUAUUUAUCAGCACAAACUUCCCGAUUUCUGACUGUGAAGGAAUCAGCUCAGAGAGAUGUCUCAUCUGGGGUCCAGGGCUGAAACCCGACUCAGUUUUACCAGUCCGCUACUUCUUUAUACAGGCGGUCGAUUCAAAGGGAGAAAACUUGACUCUAUCUCCAGGUAAAGAAACGUUUAAAGUGAAGAUAAGUCCAUUGAACAAGAAGGAGCACAUCCGGAUCCACGUUCCUCCACCCCUGGACAGAGGAGAUGGCUCCUUCGUGGUCAGGUACCGGCUGUAUGGGACAGUACUCAAUGGCCUCCAGAUUGAAGUUCUUCAUCAAGAUGCUGCUGUUGCCAAGUCACCCUAUGACCUCCAAGGUCCAGUCUAUCAUGAAUACUGUGACUGUCCAGAAUCAGACGCCUCUGCCUGGGAGAGCAUCAUGCAGUGUCCUGCUGAGGACCCUCAGAUCCUGGCAGACUUUAAAACAUUUCCAAAUAUCGACCUGCACUAUCUCAGACAGGAAGUCCCUCUAAGAUUCAGCAACAGAGGAGGUCUCAUCCACUACACUAUCAUCAACAACCAGCUGUACCGCCGCACUCUGGGAAAAUACACUGACUUCAAGAUGUUCUCUGAUGAAAUGCUGCUCUCUCUGAUGAGAAAGGUGAGGGUGCCUGAUGUGGAGUUCUACAUCAACGUUGGUGACUGGCCACUAGAGACAAGGAGGACAGAUGCUGUUCCAAUCCUGUCGUGGUGCGGCUCUACUGACACACGUGACAUUGUCCUCCCCACGUACGAGGUCACACACUCCACUCUGGAGACCAUGAGAGGUGUCACUAUUGACCUGCUGUCUGUCCAGGGAAACACAGGGCCUCCAUGGAUGAACAAAACAGAUCGAGCAUUUUUCCGUGGUCGGGACAGUCGUGAGGAACGUCUUUACCUGGCCUCCUUGUCUAAGGAGAACCCUGAGCUGCUGGAUGCAGGAAUCACUGGAUGGUUCUUCUUCAGGGACAGGGAGAAGCAUAUAGGGAAGGCACCACUUGUUGGAUUCUUUGACUUCUUCAAGUACAAGUAUCAGGUGAAUGUGGAUGGAACGGUGGCUGCAUACCGCUUUCCUUACCUGAUGCUCGGGAACAGUCUGGUCCUAAAGCAGGACUCUCAGUACUAUGAAUACUUCUACGCUCAUCUGAAAGCAGGCACUCACUACAUUCCUGCGAAGAGAAACUUGUCAGACCUCCUGCAGAAAAUCCAGUGGGCCAAGGAGAACAAUGCUGAAGCUGAAAAGAUUGCCCGGAUAGGCCAGACAGCAGCGAGAGAGCUGCUGCAGCCCAGCAGACUGUACUGUUACUACUACAGAGUGCUGCAAAUGUACUCGGAGCGGCAGACAGGACAGCCAACACAGCAUGUGGACAUGGAGCUGGUGCCUCAGCCAGACGACAACACUGCUGUGUGUACGUGUGAGCAUAAAAGCAACAAAGAAGAAUCCAACAUGAAGGAUGAACUAUGAUGGAAUCAGUCUCUAAUCUUUAUUCACCUUUAGUGUUUUUUUUUUCUGUGAAACAUUCCUGACUCAUCAAUAGUGAAGAAAAUGAAUGUUCCUGAGAAGGCUCUCAAAGACUUGAUGUCACUUUUUGCCUUUUAUAUUGUGUUUUUCUCUGUUUUGUAAUUUGAGAAAGCUCUUGUUAUUGAUGCAAGAAGCAAAAGAUUUACUUACUGUAAUGUUAAUGUGCCUUUUGGAUGCUUGAAUAUUUUGUAAAUUGUAUUGUAGAAUGAGAAAAAUACAUCUUAAAUAAAUGAAUCUUAUUUUUACACCCUACUGUUAAAUCUUUCCUAAACAUGAAAACUCAAGGAGAGAUGGGAUUUUCAUUUUGUUGGUUGGACCUCUUUUAAGUAUGCCACUGGAAAAGCAGUAAAAAAGUAGAUUUUUUGUAACAUUGAACCUUCCACAAAAAGGCUCAUCUGGGGCUUUUCGGUCAUGUUUAAAAAAUAAGCACAGCUCUACUUGCUUGUACAUCCCUCUAUUGUUGUUUACCUUUGUUACCAGCUGUCAACUUUAUGCAUUAGGUCGAGCUGACUCAAAGAGUAAAGGCUGUUCUCCUUACAGACGUAAAUCAUCAUUCCAACAAGUUAGUAUCUAAAGCUAUGUUACAGAAGCUGUGUCAAAGUCCUGCAGUUACUGUUCUAGCCUGCUUCAUACAAUGCCCAUGGUUAAAUGUUCAUGUUAGUGCUGCUCAGUCAUGGCAAAAAUCAUUUUUUGAUUUAUGUUGAGAUCACACCUCACAGGAUGUUUCCUCGUUGAUUUUUUAUAACAUCUGCAUCUUUGUGUGAAUGUAGAAUGAUUAAAAUAAAUAGGACGGGCAGCAACAACUGUGUAACAAACCCCGUUCAGUUGUAUUACAUUUUUUUCAUUGUUAACUAGUGAUGAUCUCUUCUGUCAUCUUCUUUAGCUCUCAC